AAAGAGCGUCAGGUCAGAGGGAGAGUUUUUUCUUUAAUGGGACAGAAUUCCUGACAGACUCUGAUUCCAUCACUGCAGCUCAGAGUAACAUGAGGAGACUUCACCUGGUUUUACCUGCUUCACCUGUUCACAGUCAUUUGUUCCUGAUUCAUGGGGUGAGCCGCGGUCCCUGCUCCGGAGCCGGCCCUCCUCAGCGGUGCAUGCUGGGGGACUGAGGCAGGGCAGCAGCAGAAACAGCAGCCGGCUGACUCAACCUUCAUUUCUGCUUCACUAACUGCCGUCCUGCCCUGUGCAGCCGGCUCUACCUGACAGUCCGCGGACAGUACUUGUUUUAACCGAGUCAUGGACAUCAGUGGACGACAGCUCACGGUGUAGCCAGGAGGAUUCGUUGACUGCCAGAGAAUCAUGGAGCCGGAUGUGAUCCGCAUGUACUCCUCCUCUCCGCCGCCGAUGGAGGACGGAGCAGAGGAAGAGGACGACGAGUUCGGAGACUUUGGCACCUUCUCUGGCAUCGCAAACAGCAUCAGCUUCACAGAAUUCGACACCCCGACCACUUUUAACCAGACUCAAGCUUUGACCGCCACCUCUCCGCCAGAGCUCCUCAAUAACAGAGGGGUGACGGGAUUCAGCCACAGCUCCUCUAACGGCACCCACGGCCCUAACAAUGACCUGUCUAAGGCUAAUGGUGUCGUGCCAGUGAGCCACCUGGGCAGCAGUCCCUCAGAAAGAACUGAGAUGAAGAAGGUCCUCUGCAGCUCCCUGGAUUUCCCGGUGAGUGACACGGCUGGCGGCGAGCUCGCUGAUUGCAAUGGCGGAGGCUCAGAGGUGCUAACAAACGGGUUUGCAGCCUCUGACGUUCAGGGAAGCCCUUCCUCGCAGAAUUCUGUCCACUCUCAUAUCAAAGAAACGUCCACAGAGGACAUGGGCAGCGUCCCCGCCUGCAGCCCAGAGGACGACUUUGCGGACUUUGCUGCUUUUUCCAAUGCUGAAGGACACCUCAGCCAGACGGCAAACGAGGACUUGGACAAUCCUACGGGGGGUAGCUGGCUGGCAGAGACUGCCGACCAGCACUGUAACAGAGAGCAGGGAACGACUUCAGAGGACAAUGUCAGGGACACAAACAGAACUGGACCCGACACGUCCAGCUGUGAUUCCAUAUCUGUUCCCACUGAGGCCCCGGACAGCUCGUGCAGCACAGACCGGGGCUCUCACACAGAUGCUGACUCUCAACAAAGGGACGUAGCCUUUGCACGGGACCACUCCGCCUCAGAGGCAGUUUGCACUAACAGACCCCUCACUCUGAACGGGGUGGGCGUAGCCGACAGGGACGAAUCCAAAGACGACGCGGGCUGCAGUGAAAACGACCGCUCACCUUACGCACUCGGAGACAGCGAGGCGGGACAGUCUGACGAGAAGGGCUCUGGGAAUGAGACAGAGACAGAAACGGAGACGGAGACGGAGACGUCUUUUGGCCGGCCGCUGUCGACAGAUGCUCUAGAGGAGUACGGUGACAUAAGCACCACAGGUUCAGUGCCCUCUCCGCCCCUGCAGGGGGACACCGCCACGCCCGCCGACCACAGCCAGCUGGCAGAGGACGAUGAGGACUUUGGGGACUUCGGAGACGCUGGCACGUUCAGCGGUCAGGGCUUUGCCGAUUUUGAUCAGCUGGACAACCAGCAGGAGCAGAACUGUGCGACCCGCCCUGCCCCUGCACAGGAAGCUCCACACACUGAGGAGGAAGACGACUUCGGCAACUUCAACUCCCCCAAGUUUCACAGCCGUGGAGAUGAGGGGCAGGGUGGAGACACGUUUGCAGACUUCCCCGUCAGCGACAGCUUUGGGAACUUUAGCUCAGCUGUUGCGGGCGCAGACGGUGAGGCGGAUGCAGGGUGGAGCGCCUUCGGGGAGCAGCAGCCGGUGGAGGGGGAGUCCUGGGCGGCGUUCAGCACGGAGCAGAGCGUUGCUCCUCCUGCACAGAGCGGAGAGGAGGUGGAGGACGAGGAGUGGCACGAGAGUGAAGCUCCUGCAGUCACGGAAGAAACCAGCAGGACAGACAGACAGUCGGCGUCGCUGUCGAGCCGUCUGGAGAAGCUGUUUCAGACCAGCUUCCCUCAGACUGCUGUCCCCCCUGUGGAGGACAACGUAGUGUCCCUGAAGAUCCUGCUGGAGCCUCCAGGGGACAAAGCACAGCCAGGAGCUGAGGAGGAGGAGAGGUCGCCAUGCAGCAGGUGUGUGCACGGCGGUGUGUGGACGCAGCUUCAGGACAUCCACGAAGCGCUCGGUCUCAGAUACCAGUGGGGGGGCUCCCACUGCAACAAGACACUGCUGUGCUGCCUGGGCAUCGACACCAGGAACAUCCUGUUCACAGGACAGAAGAAGCAGCCGGUCAUUGUGCCUAUGUACGCCGCCAGCCUGGGGAUGCUGGAACCAACCAAAGAGCCCGUGAAGCCCGUCUCUGCAGCAGAGAUGAUCGCUUCCAUAGCCCAGGCGCCUCCAGUGGCUCCAGAGAGCAGCUCCUGCCCCUCAGACACAGUCCAGCAGGAGGCGCUCCCACCCGUCCAGUUUGACUGGAGCAGCAGUGGCCUUACCAACCCUCUGGACGCGAGCGGAGGCUCGUCUCUCUUAAACCUGGAUUUCUUUGGUCCUGUGGAGGAUUCAGGCUCCACCAGCUCACCAUCCAUCCCAGGCGUGGACCCUGAGCUGUACGAGCUCACCACGGCCAAGCUGGACCCCGGCAGCUCGGGCAGCCGGGUGGCAGACGCGUUUGCCCGUCUGAUGUCCACCAUGGAGAAGACCAGCACCUCCACCAGGAAGCCAAGGAAAGACGAGAAUCUGAGCGAGGAGGCGGCCAAAGUGAUCGCGGGUCUGCCCGACCUCUCCUUCAUGCAGGCCAAGGUGCUGAUGUUUCCCACCACGCUGACGCCGGUCGGCUCCCAGGCCGCGUCGGACUGAACCCCGCUUCCCACUGACCCCGCCCCCUGGCAACCCUCGGAGGCCCCGCCCACCCUGCUUGUUUGGUCCCGCCCACAGACUCAGUCCAUUUUAUCAAGUUGUCGUCUUUUUUUUUGUUCUCUCAGUUUCUCCCUUUCAUACUUUUAACGGUUGUGCUUUUGUUUUUUGACAUAAUUUUUCAAAAUAAAGCGAAGCGUUUAUCAUCAGGGGAACAGCUCAGCCGACGGCCUGCACGUCUAACACAGUAGGAGGUGAUCGUUUCUGUAGGAAGGUGUACACGUGUGUGCUGUUGAUGUGUAGAAGAAUCAUCGUGUAUAUAAUCAGGGAUUCAAAUUUCUUUUCCUUCUGUUUGUUUAGAUUCUGAAUGAUUUUUGUUGGAGGAUGAUUUUCGUCUGUGGUGGGAGUGUGUUCAUGUCUGUGAAGGAAACACUGGCUCAAGCUCUUUGAAUCAAACUGAAGUGGAAUAUAUAUAUAUGAGCAUAAGAAAUUCAUACAUUUAUAAUCAUAUAUAAAACCUAUAUAAAUAUAUUUAUGGACUUGAAACCACACUGCCUGCAAAAUCCAGCUGAAUGUUUCAUCCCCAUGUUGUUUAAAGGCCUUAGUUUUUACCCUCAGUCAGUUUUUACCCCCCCCCCCCCCCGCCCCCUCCUUUUUAUUCUCGAGUCAAACGCCCGUAACCCUGCUGACUUGAUGUGUCCACUUUUGUCCUUUGGAGCUUUUAUUUUAUUCCCGGUUGGAAGGUUUUGGGUUUCGGUGCAGAUGCUGCUGCUGUUCAGGCCGAUGGAUAAAAACAAGUUUCCUUCCUUGUUUGUGUCACUGUUUGUUUUUGUUGUUCGGGGGUAAAAAUGGGACGUUGUGAUUUAAACCACUGAAGCUCUGACGGUUUCUCAGCAGUGAAGGUCGACUCACAUCAGAAGGGAAUUAAGGGACCAAUUUCUGCAUCGCGUGUUGGUUUGUACACUGUUCUUCAUAUGAAGUGCUUUUUGUUGUCACGACUCUUCUUCUCUCAUGUUCCUUUUUUUUUUUUUUGGCUCAUACUACUGUCAGCCCCGUCUCCCAGGAGGAUUUUGCACAUUGUAAAGAUGAAAUGGAUGUAAUCAUAGUUCACUGUGGCUUUAGACUGUGUACAGUUAAACUAUGGACUGUAAAAUGUACGGGAAAAUUCCUAUGGAAAAAAACUGAAUCACUUGAAGAGCCUGUCAAAAGGUUAUCGUGCAUGCCCAGGUUCUUUUCAGACUACAAGUGUGUAAAUUUUACUUUUAGUGUACACAAGAAAUUAAAAUAAUUUAAGA